CAUUCUUCUUUCUGUACAGUCUUCUCAUUGUUACUCUCAUUCUUCUUUCUGUACAGUCUUCUCAUUGUUACUCUCAUUCUUCUCUCUGUACCUAACAGGUAUAUAUAAUACAUAUGUACUCAAAUGAUUUGAGUCAAAUCAGAAAAGAUAGACGAAUAAAAUACCAGUCCCUAUUCUCUGAUAUAUAUAUAUAUAGUUUUUAUUUUAUUCACUUUCUCAGCUGCAUAAAAAUCUAUUUUAAUAGAAAAUUUGCUGAAUAUCAUCGGAUAGACGACAAAAAAUUUGGUGGAUAUAAAAUAUUUCCUUUUUAUGACAAUCAUGGAUUUGUCUAUGAUGAACUUACUAACAUCACAAAACAAAGAUGACAAUGAUGAUAAUGAUUUCGAUGUAUUUUCCGAACAACUGAAAUGUAUUGAUUUUUCUUCAUUACUUGAACCCAAUCAUCUAGAAAAUCCAGAAUGGAGUGACACCAGGCUGAAAGAGAUGAGUAAAGAAUAUAAAUUUGCUAUGAAUGAAUGGGAUUCAAAGAUUGCAAAAAUUAUGUUAACGAGAUUUUUCAAUUUUUAUUUUACUGGAAGAACUCCAUCUGAUGAUAAUGUAAUUGCCACGGUCCACGACUGUGUUUCUAUUGCUCAUGUCAAAGGUCAUCGACUUUUUCGUCCUAGGUCUACUGGAAAUAUAUAUUACACAAAAAACACUUCUAUGCCAACCUCCGUAACUUCAGAGAUUCGAGGUAUUUCGAAGAAAAAACCUGUGCCACCGAGACUCUCGGUUUUCCACGAUUAUAUUAAAACAGCUGUAGAUAAAUUUAACACUACCUCCACGACAAAUUCUUCAGAAAAAGAACUCCUUGGAUUAGCAGGAUUUUUAGCAUUAACACUAUGUCAAUUUGCUACGAGAAAUAUAGAACACAUUAUGGAAACAUUCAGAGAUGUAGAGUAUCGAAAAACUCUUGAAUCAGUAGCAGGGUGGCGUAGUGACAAACCAUUUGCUUUUCCCGUUAAAGAAGCCUUGGAAACUUGUUCUUCGUGUCUUAGACAAUCUACACGAAAAACUCGAGCUUUAUUUUGUGUAUUAGCUGAUGAAAUGGCGAAUACUUAUGCACCUAAUUUUCCAGAACCAGAAAAUCGACGAUAUUUAGGUACUUCAGUCCUCUUUCAUACUGGAUAUUAUGGGUUAGGUAUGAUCAAAAUGAUAAAAGAUGUUUGUGAAUUACUAGAAGCACCUUGGAACAAUAUUCGUCCUCUAGUGACAGAACCGAAGACCAAUUCAUCGUGUGAAUCUAUUGAUAGAUUUAUAAAGAAUAACCUGAAAGAUGGAGAACAUGGAUAUGCCUGGGCACGAAUUAUUCAUGAAGACUUCCUCCCAGAAUACUCUUAUAAGAAUAAUAACGAGCUAUGCAUCGUUAUGAUUGCUAUUCUUGAGCACAAAAAAGGUCCUAUUGUUUGGAAUGCGAAAUGGAUAGAUCGUAGACUUUUUUCUUUCCAAUCCGUCAAAAAAAGAGCAAAUGCUAUUUAUCAAUUGAAACGGAAUUUGAAAAAAAAAAAAUCGACUGAUUGCAACCAUAGUUUAGCAUUUUGCACAUGUUGUCCGCUUUCUUCAAAAACAAUAAAAAUUCUGAAAUAUUUGAUAGUUCAAAUCGAAAAAAAUAAUGUGGAUGGAUUAAAGAAAUUGCUGGAGAGUUUGAAGAUUGGUAACUCUUCGAAAACUUCAUCAGAGGACCCAACAAAAUCGUAGUUUUUACGUACGAUUAUAGAAAUAAAAUCAUUGAAAUUUCCAGCGGAAGUGACACUGAAAUAGCUGACAAUAUAAAAGUUACAAUCAUAUAAUUAUAUCCAUAGCUUAUUCAAUGAAAAUGUUUUUUUACGAUAAUCUUAAUUAUUUGCAAUAAACUUUUGUAAUCAAUAAUAA